UACCUGUAACCACGAAAAUGGUUAAACUGCUGUUACUUCCCUGCGAAACAUAUUGCCACAUCGGCAAGAUAAAAACAAUCCCAUACCGGAUAGACCUCUAAAUGCUUCUAAACAAUUCGUUAUGUCAGGCAGUUAGUGGUGGUUGACGUUUAAAGAUAAAAACUCCUCUAGCGACCUUCUUCCAGGAUGUAGUUGUGAAGCGCUGUGAUCGUGGCUUGUCAAUCCCUUGUAUUGAAUCGGACGGCUAAAACAAAAUGAGUCAGACACGCUAUAUUUAUGGCUGUAGUUCGCAGUCGCAUGAACCAUAGGUUGUGUGUUAUCCUUAUAUUGUGUCAGACCGAGGUAUUUGGACUGUAUAAAAGACUAGCGCUUAUAUUGGAUAAUGGUACAACAAAUAGCUACGUUAAACUUGUAUCAGUGAAAAUGAUAAUGUAGCUUAAGAAUUCUCUCUCUCUCUUUUGCUGUUGGCCUGCGCUGUGAUGGCGAAUUUGGAAGGAAGAGAACUCCGCGGUUCUAAAAACUUUGGAGGACCGAGAACUAGUCAACAUUUGGAUAUGUUGGAUAAUAUCCCAGAAGAUGGAUCAUGGCAUCAGCCUCGCAACAUAGAAAUAACACCCAAUGUUAAUACUAAUUGUUUUUUGCAAGGUAUCUCCCCAAUGUCACCAAGAGCUCAGCCUCUAGUGUAUGACACUCCUGUUAUAUCCCAGAGACGGCGAGCAACAGAGGAGGAUUUAAAGUGGAAGCUUAGAUAUGCACAUUUGUACACCGAAGUCAAAUGGUACCAGGAGAUCCAAGAUGUAUGCACUACUACUGACAAUUGGAAGCCAAUGGAAUAUGUGUUAAGAAAUCUUCGGGAAUUCCCCAUGGAUAUCCAGACCAAAUUGAGGCUGUCAAGAAAGUUACGCAAUGAUAUUGGAGACAGUCCCAUGAGCAGAUCCGGAACUUUAAAACGGGGAUCUGUGACUGCCAGACAGCUGAGCCAUCAACUGCAGAGGAAAACCUCCAACUCUCUAGGUCUAAGCCGGGGAGGUUUUUCUCUAAUGGCGCUCUGGGGGGACACAAUUGGCCGAAUCGCUGCAAAUUUUGGAAGCAACGUGGCGUCCUACUUCACCUUUCUUCGCUUCCUGGUUCUCAUCAACUCACUCAUGUGUCUCUUGAUGUUUUGUUUCGUAUCUUUACCACAGAUCAUCUCUGGAGAUGUGACAUCUGAGGAUAUCAAAUCUGGAUUUUUUGGUGAGUUAUCCAAAACUAUAUUCUUCUAUGGUGCUUACAGCAAUAGCACAAUUGGCAGGACUGAAGAUAGCAUUGGGUACAAGAGACCUUUGGCCUAUCUAAUGACGUGGAGCAGUGCCAACUUUUUAGCAGCUUUAAUUAUAGUGAUCAGUAUGUAUGUGAAUUACAAACGAAUCAAGGGCUACAACUUUGGAGACGCAGAGCCUUAUUCUACCCAGCUCUUCACCAGCUGGGACUACUCAAUCAUUAACAGAAAAGGAAUUGAGAAAAUGAAAGGAUUCAUCGUACAUUACUUCCGGGAAACAAAGAAGGAAGAAUCGUUCAAAAAAGGACUUAACGGCAAACAAAGAGUGAAUUUGUGGAUCAUUCGAAUAAUGUGCAAUCUGAUCAGUGUUGGUGCUCUCGGGGGUAGUGCAUACCUCAUCUACUAUGUGGCUAACAACACAAUUAAACCAGGCCUCGACGUACCUAAAGUUAUUAACGAUUUCUUUGUCAAAUACCAGCUUACGCUAAUAGUAUCAGGCCUGAAGAUAGUUGUACCGCCACUGCUUUCCCUGAUGCUUAUUAUUGAACGCUAUCACCCCAGAACAGAGAUCAAAAUAAACAUAGCCAGAACAGCUGUAUUCUACGUGGCCAGUCUUGUGGUCUUCCUGGCUUCGGUAUACUCCGUCUCGAACAAAUGUAUGACCGACGAGCAUGUGCCAGUUAACACCACCACCACCACCCCCACCACCUACUGCUGCUGGGAGAACGAGGUCGGUGAGCAGCUCUUUCAGAUCAUCAUCCUUGACCUAAUUGUGUGUGUGGUUGUGGGCCUGGUGGUCACUGGUGGCCAGGCAUUGCUGUACAAAGCAGGAAUACUAACAAGGUUUGGUAAACCUGACUUCAAUGUGGCGAGUCUCAUUUUGGAUUUGGUCUAUGGUCAGUCACUUGUCUGGCUGGGGCUGUAUGCGGCUCCAUUCUUCGCCAUGGUGGCGCUAGUCAAACUGAUAAUAAUCUUCUACUUCAACUACGGCCUGGCCCGAGCCUUCUGUGAGCCCAACAAUGUCUUCAGGGCUUCAAGAUCCGGCACGUUCUAUUUGUUUAUCCUGUUGAUCACUCUGUUUGUGGGUUUGUUUCCCAUGACCUACGCCAUCAUCAGGUUGAGGCCAUCUGGCUCGUGUGGCCCCUUCAGAUUACAAAGUCGUGUCUACGAAGUCCUGACCGGUGAGAUAGGUGACGCCCCUGAAUGGCUCCAGGACAUCAUUCAUUUUGCCAGUACCCCAGCUGUUAUAAUUCCACUGCUGAUCGUAUUGAUAUUGCUGGCAAUUUACUACAAAGCCAAGUCUUCCACUCUCCACACUGAAGCAAAGCAGCUACGUCAUCACUUAGAAUUUGAAAGAAAAGUGGAAAAAAGAAAGAUUUAUGCUACUGCUAAACUUGCUCAAGGGAUGUCAGAGAGCAGCAGUCUUGAUGUUUUGGGCAAGACAAGGCAAUAUGCCUCACAGGAGGCUCUUAACAAGCCUAGGCAGAAUGGUGCCUUUGAUGACCGCAUCACUCAUGAGUACGAGCCUCAACAACAAGACCAAGGAGGAGAGCCUCUUCAAGACUAUGAGCAGCUGCCAAAUGGAGAUGGCCCUGGUCAUCAGGUGAACAGGGGUCACGGUCACCCAUCAAAUGAAGUUCAAGGGCGUGCUCCUUAUAACAGACAAGGUGGGGCUCAACAAGACCAUCCACCAUACAACAGUCCUAAUGAAAUUCGGCUUCACGAUGAGCCUUUCCAGCGGAUGUCCAGUGGGCGUUCCAGUGAUUUUCUUCGUUCUUCUGCAAACAGAAAUUACCCGGGUCACUUUCCCUUGGGCAACCAAUUACCAAAUGAACAAAACCAUCCCAUGGGCCAGGGUCCAAGCCUUCCACCACGUGGAGGUCAUCACAAUCCAGUCUUUUAUGACUAUCCAGAAGACGAAUUCCAGCUCCGGCCCAGGGGACAGGAAGGAAAUCAUUUACAACAGCCUUUCUCCAGGGGCAGCCAUAACUUUUAUUAAUGUGUUAUUUCAUUUCAUUGUACUUAAUUGUAUGUUAUAUGCAAAUGCAGGUGAUACAGGCUGGUUGUGACUUUGCAAUACAUUCCCCCCCCCCCAUCUGUUCCUACAAGUUUCCAUCCAUUGUAUGUGUUGAGAUCAUGGGAACGUCUUGACGAAAUUUUCUUGUUCAUUAACAAACAAACCAGGUUUUUUUGUGUGUGUUUUUUUUUUUGCCACCAGUCCAACCCCUCCAACAUCUUACUCUUUUAAUUUUAAAUUUUCGAUUAUUUUGUAUGUAUAAAUAAUGUUUCCAUAUGAACUUGCUGAAUGUUAUCUCCAUAUCAACUAAAUGGCAACAAAAAUUCAACUAUAAAAAGACAACUUACACUUUGCAUUAUAAUAUACUUUUUAUGCUUUACAUUAAAACGUUGUCAUGAGUCCGAAGAUUAAGAAGAGCGAAAAUGUUCACGUAGGUACACAAACCCAACUAUGACCUACAUAUCCUGUCACUCAAACGCAGAUAAGGCUGUUAUCUACCAGGAGUACCUUUAAGUUUCUUUUUUUUUCCAUUUUUCGACGCUCUCUAGCGGUACCUUUUCUUGGACAUUGUACAUAUGGUAAUGUAGAAAUGGACAACUAUUUGAAAAAGAGGUCAACACAUGGUAUUUCAAUUUUACGUCGCCCUUUGUAAUUAAAGCGUUUUGAAUGUACUUUGUUUUAUGGUCAAUCAAAAUGCGAAUUUGUUCAUUUACAAGAUUUCGUGUUCGGUCAGAUAAACAGAGGCGUGGUGCCUCAGUGAUAAAACACUUAGCUUCCGAACCGAGAAGUCUCGAGCUCAAAUGCCAGUGAAUACAUGGAUUUUAAACUUUGGGCUUUUUAGGCCCCACCUGAGUUCACCCAUCUCUAAUGGGUACAUGACAUACGCUGGGAUGGUAAUGACAAACUCGUUCACCGCCUGCCAUAGAAACCGAUGAGCUUUACAUCAUCUGUUCCCUUAGGUCGUAAAGGUCUAGUGUGGCAAGUGAGAGUUACAGAGAUCGUUACCCUGCUGCCCUGUCAGAAAGUUGCAGUGAUGUUGUUGUGACGAGAGGUUUUCUAUAUAGUUUGCUCGUUUUAAAACUCUAGGGGAAGUUUAAUUUGCUUCUCCCGCUCACAUAUACAAUAGUGUAGAACAGGCACACCGCAACUAAUAAUAAUAAUAAUAAUUUAAUUUAUAGAGCGCUGUUAACAAACAUGAUGUAGGCUCAAGACGCUGCGAUAACAUUACAAACAUAAACACGAUAGCUAAAAUGAUAAACUAAUGUAAAAAUAAGUUUUGAACAGAUAGGUCUUAAUGUUCUUCUUGAAUGUAGUGAAGCAUGUUGUCUGUCUGAGAUCAAUUGGGAGUGAGUUCCAAACCUUUAGUCCGUGUACUAAAAAAGCCCGCAAACCGUAACUUUUAAGGGAGAAACGUGGCAUCGCUAGAAGCGUUGAGCCCAUGAAGCGAAGUGUUCUCUGAGGGACAUAUGGAGUGAUCAGUUCGCUAAGGUACAAGGGCAUCUCUUUAUCGUAGAUACAGUGAUGAAAGUGUGGCCACCUUGUAGUCGAUUCUUGCUUUCACAGGAAGCGUUUGGAGUGUGCAAGAGAGCAGUAGCAGAAUCUCGUCUUGUUUUCCGUAGAACUAUUUGUGCAGCGUUGUUCUGAAUUCUCUGCAGUUAGGCGAUUUUGUCAUCAAGUAAACCUGCACGCAAGGCACUGUGUUGAAACGUUUAUCACUUGGUUUAAGUUGUGGUCCUUUAGCGAAUUUUUUCAGCGAUUCCGCGUAUGUCUCACUUUCACUGUCAAAAUGCAAGUUCACAUCGCCUAUGAUUAAAUAGAUCUUUUGUAGCUAGGUGACUAACUAACAGUAAAAACUGAUUAGUGGAUUUAUUUAUUGCUGACUAUCAAAAUAAUUUAUUAAACACAGUUUACUAGAAUAUAGGUUGAGAAAACUUUAAUCAUGGAAUGCGACAAAAGCAUUAAUAAGUCUCUAAUGGGUACCUGACACGAAGGGGAAGGAAAGAAAAACUCGUUAACCGUAUGCCCUAGAAACCUGUGAGCUUUCCAUCAUCUGUCCCCUUAGAUAGCAAACGUCUGGAUAGGCAUGUGAGUGUUACAGAGGUCACAGGUUACAGAGGUGCUGCCCUACCAGAAGAAAGCUGCGGUGAUGUCGGUUUUAGUAGCGUUGUUAAGCGCUUCCGCGGUGUCGAAUACAAACAAACCCAAAAUGGAGGUAACACUUAACGAAACACAGGCGAAAGGCCGAACAAUCAAUAGAGGUCGUCGACUCAGCUGGUGAACAUCAAACACGUUUAAUAAUCAUGAAGGAAACUGUCGAAUGCCAUCUACUUCUAGCCGUUUCUAAAUGCUUCUUAUUUCUAUGUUGUAAAGAAAGCGUCUUAUUUAUAUCGACUCCUAUAUCGUUCUGACUUUUUGAAAACGAUCACGUCAUCGUCACUAAGUCAAAACUUCCCCCCCAUUCCCGAAACAAAUAACUUAUUUCUAAUCGUGCCAUAACACAUAUAAUUAUUUCCAAAAACUGUAGAUCUAUUUAAAUAUUGUUGCCACGACUAAUCUUCCCUAAUGAAAUUAUCAUUGUAUCCAAUCUUCUGUUAAAUAUUAACAUAUAAAUUAAUAUGAUAAGAUAUAUAUCAAUUCGGGAGUUUAAUAUUUAUUUAAUUAUGUUGAUUUUGUUAUAAUAUUUACAAAUGGUGUAUGUAUAAUAAUUCAUAAUGACUUAUUGUUUUAUUUAUUAUGCCAAAACUAUAAAAUGAUGUAACAACUAUG